AAAUUCUCAAUUAGCUGGUGUGUAUCUUCAAGAUGAAAAAAAGUCGUAAAAAACUAAUUACGGGUUAGCUAAGAACGCCCCUUUCGACGGCUCAUCAAUUAAUAACACAACCGACUGUCAUUAUUAGCUGCUAUCCAUAUAAGAGGCUUAGAUCGCAGCUCCUCCAGAGAGCAAACAAUCGCCUUCGCCCCUUUGUCAAAUAUUUGGUUAAAAUUUUUAGCACGAACUCGCCGUCGUCACUACCCGUUUAGAGGCCAAGAAAGUGGUUGGUAGGACAGAGCAUAAGGUGCCAAAACAUUGGCUGUAAGACCGUCGGGGGAAAAACCACCUGCCACCUGCCACUGAACCUGAAUCAGCAUCUUCAUAAGCUUGGGUCUUCGUUCUGCCUGUUCCCUGCCCGAGUGCUCAUCUGAUGCCAAGCCUGUUUUCAGUCGAUAGUUGGCUCUGACUGGGAAACGACGAAGAAAGUGUUGGAAGAUCGGGGUCAUCGUAUAAUAUUAUUGCGCAUUUCAGGCCGCAUCUGGCCAAACAUCAAUAUCAGAAUACUCAGAAAUUCACAGAAUAUUAAGUUAAAUAGGCUUAAUUGGCCAUCACCUCAAAUAGACAAUAGCCAUUCGCGAUCUGCUCUCUUCAAUCUCCUCGAGCGGCUCUCUUCACUUAUCAGGGCCCGAAAACCACGGACUAGGUUGAUAAGCGAUCGCCGCCAGAGCGACCGGAACACUUCCCCUCCGACUUUGCUACGGAAUGGAGCGGCUACGUAUUUUGUUAAUCACCCUUGUGGUGGCUUCCGUACAGGGUUACGGCCCUGGAGGAUCGCGACCAGUGCGUACUGUGGAGGUGCUGACGCAGUGGCGCCAGCUGGAGUACGGCUUCCCCACGGCCCAGGAUCGGGAGAACGCCCAGGCUGCUGGCAAUCUGGUGCCCGAGAACGGCACUCCCAUCGAUGUCCAGGCGCAGUAUCUGUCCAAUGGCAAGACUAGGGUGUUUACCACAAUCCCUAGAUUCGCCAAUGGGAUACCAUACACGCUGGCCACCGUUUCCGAGACGCAGGGCAGGAAUGGACCCCUUUUAGAGCCCUAUCCCAGCUAUUCCUGGCACAACGGCAACGGCGAGAACUGUGACCAGAUCACCUCCGCAUUCCGAGUGGCCAUCACGGAAUGCAACCAAAUGUGGGUCAUCGAUUCGGGUAUCAUUGGCACCACCCAGUACUGUCCACCCCAACUGCUGCAGUUCGAUUUGAACACCGACCGGCUGCUGCAUCGCUAUAGAUUCCCCAACGAGACCUACAUCCCCAGAGGAUCCCUCUUCAUCACGCCCAAUGUCCUGGUACAGGAUCCCCCGCCCAGGGGCAGCUGCAGUCGCACCAUGAUCUACGUAGCCGAUGUUAGUUACCACGGCUUGGUGGUCUACGAUCAUCAGGCAAAGACUUCCUGGCGGGCAGAGAACCGUUUCAUGUACCCCGAUCCGGACUAUGGACAGCACACAAUCGCCGGGGAGAGCUUCAAUCUGAUGGACGGAAUGUUUGCUCUGAACAACGACAAGCGGAACUUGUACUUCCACCCGCUGGCCAGUGUCAGUGAGUACGCCGUGCCCCUUACUGCACUCAACCGGCAGGCGAACUGGGCCGACGGCCCGGAGGCUGUGCCGGAACAGUUCACUCUGCUGGGCAGGCGAAAGAGCGAGUGCGCCGCCUCGGCCAUCGAUGGCCGGAACAAUGUCUACUGUGUCACCUUCAAUCCCAUCAAGCUGUUUGUUUGGAAUGUGAACACCCCAUACAAUUCUAGAUAUUUUGGCACCUUGCCAGCCAAGUCCGAUGAGCUGCAGUUUGUCAGCGGCAUGAAAGUGGUCAGGAAUCCAAAUGGAAGCGAAGAACUCUGGAUGCUUUCGAAUCGCUACCAGAAAAUUGCAACUGGCACUUUAAACUCUAACGAGGUGAACUUCCGCAUUUUGAAGCGCAAGUUGGAUGAUGUCCAGGGAGGCGUUUUCUUUGCCAACGAUGAUGACUUAUCCAACCGUUUGGUGUUUACCUAGAUGUCUUAUAAGCCCAAAUAUAUGUUUUAAGCUAAACUUAGUAAAUAUUAA